AUGCCGGGAAACAGCCAUUUUAAUACAUUAUCAUCGAUAUUAGCUGCCAAUUUGCCUCUUUCGAAAAAUUUAGCAUACGCUCAUAAAGGCAUGUUUACAUUUCCAACGAGUGCAUUAAUUGAGAAUUCUCAAGCGUGUCUUUUUACACGAUCAUUUAGUAGUACAUUAGCUAUGAGACAGCAGUAUUUCGAUACAAACAAAUUUGUACAGAAAUUAGAAAGUGAAGGAUUUACGCAUGAACAGAGCGAGGCUUUUAUGUAUUCAUUAACGGAAGUUAUGAACGAAAGUAUGGAAACGAUUACCAAAAAUUUGGUAACCAAAGCGGAACAGGAGAAAAGUGUCUACACAUCAAAAGUAGAUUUCGCACAACUGAAAUCUGAGAUGCAAAUGGUUGGGAAAAAUGACGCGUCAUUGAUGAAAUCAGAGAAUGAAAGACUUUUAGCGGAAAUCGAGAAAUUAAAAGCGAAAUUGAAUGAAGAAGUAAGACGUACACAAGCGGGUGUCCGUCUAGAUUUAAACCUGGAGAAAGGUCGAAUAAGGGACGAAGCUAGUUCAUUGGAGCUGAAAAUUAAAGAAACAGAAACGCGUAUCGAGAGUGAAAUUAGCAAUUUAAGAACGCAGAUGGAAACUACGAAGUUUCAAAUGCUACAGUAUAUGCUGGGUACUUUGACCGGUGCAGGAGCAUUAAUAUUAGCUUACCUGAGAAUGUUUCGGUGA